AAAAGCCCAGGGAAAAGAGUGGAUGUUUUGUCCUAGUUGCUCAUCCAACCAACACUCCUGUCAUGUAGAUGGCAACAUGAAGUUAUACCGAUAUAAACAUUCAGGAAGAGAACAAAGUCAGUCUUACUAUGGAGAUCUUUUUAUUUCUUCGAAUGAACAUGUUUCAGAGCAUAUUAGAAAGGUUUAUUCCACUCCCCAAGUUCGGAACUUUUCUGAUGACGGGAAAUGUGGUGAAAGUAAUUGGCGAGCUGCUGGAAAUAAAGGAAAACGAAAGAGUCGUCUAGACGAAACAGGACUGGAAAUUGCAGGUUGCCGGCAUGCAAUUGCUCAGUGGGCUGUAAACAUUUUCGGAGAGAUUUAUGGCUACUCUAAUUACAUCCAUGUUCACAAAAUGAUUCCAAACAAUGUUAAAUACAUUUGGCAAGAUAUCAUAUGUAAAUAUUGGAAGUGGGCAGUGAAGGCAUCAAAGUCGGAUGAGUCAAAUGCUCACGAAAUAAAACCUGCUUUAUCUGUGAUGCAUGCCAAAGCACAUAAUUGGACAUGCCAGGUAUUGUGGGGAGGACGGUGGCAAAAAGGUUCUGCAUAUUCCACAGGAGAGGAAGUUGAGCAGAUUAAUAGUUACCUUUCGAGACUGGCCAACACUACAAAGUACAUGUUACCCGAGUCAAGAGAAGAACUCAUAACUGAACAUGCUCUUGCGUGGAAUAAACGGAAAAUAUGUGAUCUGUCCAGCUCCCUCUGCAAGAGAUAUGCAAAGUAUAUAGAAGCUCAAGAAAAUACAAGGAAAGAACUUGAUGAAAUGGUUUCUGGCGUAAAUCUCUCUCCGAACCACGUUGAUUUCUUGCAGUGGAAGAGUGAAGUUCAACGUAUUGCAAAAGGUAACCGGGUUUUACUUGCUGGCAUAAUUUAAUACGACUGUGCAG